UCCUUCCCCACCUUGUUGUGGUAGGGAGGUUCAAAGUGUCCUGGCAGCAGGAAGCUCCUUUGCUCCACCCUCUGCCCUGCAUGCUGGCUGAGUGUAUCCAGGAUUUGCUGAACCAUUGCUGCUAGAAUUGGCAUGCUGAUCCUCGCAGCUGCUCAGCAGAAGCUGGACCUCUGGCAUGAUGCUUUCCUCCCAUAAGCCCUGGACGUCCUUCAUCAUGUUCUUCUUCAUCACUGCGCUCCGAUGCUCCUGUUUGGCAGCAGCUGGAGCCUCCAACAUUUCAACAAGCACCAUGCACACAGACGAGUAUGAACCGCCAUGUCUUAAGGUGGACUUCUGCACUCAAGCAGCCGUGUGCUGUCCAGCUGGUGUGGAUGAUUACGGAUGGAUUGCAGCAGCUGUUGGCUGGAGCCUCUGGUUUCUGACUCUCAUUCUGCUCUGUGUGGAAAAGGUCAUGAAACUCCGGCCUGAUGAACCCAAAUAUUUGGUAGCCUGAAGCAGGGCAAGUCAUUGUGCAGCAGUGAGGCACAGACAGUCUGAUAAAGCAUCUGAAUCACUUCCUGAGAAAUAGAAAAGAAAGCGACGUUGCCCUCAGCUAAAAUAAGUAAGUCCACACAUAAGUGGGGCAUCUGCUGGGGCAUCGUCCUUCCUGGAAUGCCAGAGCUACUGUCCCAAGCUGGCCACCAUGAAGAUCCCAAUGCACACAGACGACAUUUAGUAUCAUAGAAUCAUCAAGGUUGGAAAGAUCACUAAGAUCAUCUAGUCCUACUGUUAGCCCAUCCCCACCAUGCCCACUAACCACAUCCUCACAUUUCUUGUGAGUGCCACAUCCACACAUUUCUUGAACACCUCCAGGGACGGUGACUUUACCACUCUGUCAUUGCCCUGAGCCCAUCCAAGCCCAUCCCGUGGGUACAAUCGGACCCUGGAGGACCUGGUACUAGGCUCCCUGCCCUGAGACAACCCAAAACAGCCUUGGAAUUUGAAAGAGCAGUGGUCUGGUUUCUGAAGGAUCAAUAUCAUGAGAUUCAGUACUAAGCAGUGGGCCACAUAUAUCACUAAAAGAAUGCAACUCAUUGGCUACACUGAGUAACUUCUGUUUACUAAACCAAAGUGUUUACUGACACCAAGAAAAACUUUGUUUUGGAAACCUGAGUGUUGUUUGGGCUGGUUCAAAAUUAGAACUAAUUAUUCCACUGCAACGUAUGUGAACUGCUUUGUGGGAGGUUAACAUGUUGGUUGUAUCUACUCGGCUUGCACCUGUCUAGAUAAUUAAGACACACUAUACCAUUGCGAAUGGGUUUUAAACCAGUAUAUCCAACUCAGGCACAACACUGGUCCUAUUUAUGUAAGAUGAUAAUAAACAACUUUCUUGAUGGAA